CUCUCUCAUUGGCGGCUCGUCGGGCGCAGCCUCCUGCCGUGUUUACCUCCCUGUGGUCCGGAUUACUGGGGGAAUCCACCUGCCGGAGAGAGAAGGACACACCUCGUGAUGGAUGCCCUGAAAUCCGCCGGCAGAGCCAUCAUCAAGAGCCCCGGAGUCCCGCGGCACACCUGGGGAACUUCCAAGCACGAGAAACUGCCAGAGAACUGGACGGACACGAAGGAGACCCUGCUGGAGGGCAUGGUGUUCAACGUGAAGUACCUGGGCAUGACUCUCGUGGGCCAGCCGAAAGGAGAGGACAUGGCAUCGGCCGCCAUUCGCAGAAUUGUCACCACGGCCAGAGCCAGCGCUAAGAAGUUUCGGAAAGUAACACUGACGGUGUCACCUAAAGGCAUCGUCAUCACCGACACCGAGACGGCAGACCUCGUAGAGAAUGUCUCCAUAUACAGAAUCUCGUACUGCACUGCAGAUAAAACUCAGGAUAAGGUCUUUGCAUACGUAUCUCAGAGUCAGUUCAACGAGACCCUGGAGUGUCACGCCUUUCUCUGCCAAAAGAAGAAAAUUGCUCAGGCGGUGACACUAACCGUUGCCCAGGCCUUUAAAGUAGCCCUCGAUCUCUGGGAGAUCGCUCAGGAAGACAAAAGCAAGAAGGCCAGGACCUGCUGUUCCUGCGCAGCCAGCAACAGACAGACGGAGACACCAGACACUCCGUGUGCACCAGCAGCGGCUCAUCAGCCCCUCGGCAUGGAGAAGCUGCAGAGGCCCUUCUUCUCAGCCUCGCUCAGUUCGCCCUCACCCCGCAGUAACCCCACCCGACGGCGGCCAAUCAAACACGACUCAUGGGAUGUGGAGGAUGGGCUCGACGACGCUUUCUCAAGCAAUAUGGAGGUAGAGGAGACAGACUCAGACUGGCCGAGUCCCGCUCCGAAUCCGGCCCUCACCAUGCAGCUCUGAGCCCCCAGGAGGUCGACACAGAGAAUCUGUGGCCUCGCCACAACAAAGAGUCUGAAUAACACACACAAGCAAUAGCUGCGGAACGUGCAGAAC